CUGGAGACAGUAGCGCUGAAGUUCUUCGGGAAAAGGUCGAGUCGAUUCCUUUGGAAAGCCUGUGAGCAGUAAGUCAAUUCUCUUAUGGGCUGAUGAAAAAUUUAGGAGAUCGCCAGAUUAGGGUUUGCUUGGUUUGACAUUGUAAUGGAUUCGGCAUUCUUCCAUCUUCAAUUCUUCUUCUUCUGUUCCAUUCUAGUGACUUAGCAGGAAAUGGGUCGUCAUUUGUCCGAUCAUUCGGUAUCCCCAGACAGAGUCAGAGGUCGGAGGAGCUCCCCACCUGCUGAAAGGGCAGCAGCACGACACAGAAGUUCCCGUAGAGAUAUUUCGCCUUCACCAGUAGCCCGGCAAAAGAACUCACGGCGGGAUGCCUCUCCAUCGCCAAAAGACAGAAGACGUGCUAAUAGUAAGUCCCCUAAUGGUGAAAGGUCUGCUUCUCUUUCCCCACGUUCUAAGAGACUAAGGCGAGUGCAAGCGGAGAGAGAGGCGGAUAAACUGGGUGAUAGUAGAGACCAUGGAAGGAAUCGUGGCAGGGACAGGGAUAGGGUUACCCAUAAGGACAGGGAGGAUCCUGAAAGAGAGCGUGAAAGAACUCAUGGUAAAGGAGGAGCGCAUAGGGAAAGGGAGGCUCACAAGGUGAUUGACAGGGAAAAUGACAAGGGCCAUGGGAGUGGAGGUGAUAAGGCCGCCUAUAAAGCAAGAGGUACAGAAGAUAGGGGAAAUAGUGGGGAGAGGAAGCAUAGUAGAGAUGAAAUGGACAGAAAAUUAUCUAGAGAUAGGCAUGAGCGUUCUCUUUCUCCAACUGAUCGGCACCACAAGAGAAGCUUUGGGUCUCAGUCACCUCGAAGAGCUGCUCAGAACACAGAACGCGACGAGGUCACCAACUAUGGAGGAGCAGAUAGAAGAAAUUACGAGGAUGAUUCUGUAGCUAAGAUGAAAGCGGCUGAAGAGGCCUUGGAAGCGAGCCAAAAACAAAAACCAUCAUUUGAGCUGUCUGGGAAACUUGCUGCGGAAACUAAUAGGGUUCGAGGUGUUACUCUACUGUUUAAUGAGCCUCCAGAGGCCCGGAAACCCAACAUAAGAUGGAGGCUUUAUGUUUUUAAGGGUGGUGAAGUGCUGAAUGAACCUCUCUAUAUACACAGGCAAAGUUGUUAUCUUUUUGGUAGAGAGAGAAGGGUGGCAGAUGUCCCUACGGACCACCCAUCCUGCAGCAAGCAACAUGCUGUCAUUCAAUUCCGUUUAGUGUCUUCUGCUUAUGCUGACUUCUUUGUUCUCUGUAUGGAUGAUAGCCCUUACUUGAUGGAUCUUGGAAGCACUAACAAGACUUUCAUUAAUGAGAAACCCAUUGAGCCCGAGCGUUACUAUGAGCUUUUCGAAAAAGACACAAUUAAGUUUGGUAAUAGUAGCCGAGAAUAUGUGUUAUUGCAUGAGAACUCGUCAGAGGUAUCACCAAGUCCCUGAGGACGUUUCUUUGAUAUCAGGAAGCGACGGAGUAUAUUUUGCGUCUGUUCUUUUGGGAAAUCGAGGAGAACAUAGUCUUAAAAAUCUGUAUAUCCUUUGGGGAUGGAGAGAGCAGAUGUCGGAUAGGAUCAUCCGCUUCAAAUGUACUACUCAGCUGUCCUCCCUUUCCCUUCCCCACACGAAACUUAUCAGAUGUUCACAAUCUUGCAAGAAUCUGCAAGCUUUGCUACCGAUUUUAGUGGUAUACUUUGAAGUAGGUAUUUAGAAGUGCUUUGUGCAAUUCCGGAUAGCUUCUUUUGCUGGGAAGCCUCGUGUUUGGUAUUUGCAGAUAAAGUCUUCUAGAGUAGUGCCGCGAGUGAUUUGUGGAACAAGGAUUCGAACUCGUGUGGGACAAGUGGAAUUUGUUUAGUGCAGAAUUAGGUUGAUAAAGAAUGGUGUGUAUUUUGACCUCGAACUUGAAGGACAUUCUUCAAACCUGUAAUUUAAAAA